AUGCCAAGUGGAGCAUUUUCUUUCUCACAGAAAAGCGAAAUCAACGAGCACGAAUAUCCACAAGAUAAGAUAACUCAUUACAUUUUUGGGCAGUGCAUAGGGAGAGGGUCCUUUGGGUCUGUUUAUUAUUGCCUCCACCGCGAAUCGCGGAAUGAAUUUGCAGCCAAAAUUAUGUCUAAACGGUAUCUGUCUAAGAGGUUCUUCAUCAGAGAGUUCAAUACCCAGGGUUCAGAGCCUUUAUCAGGCUCAGACGACGCGGGGCAGGCAAGGGCUGGUGCCUCUAACCAGGACACCAUCCUCUCUUAUUUGGACCUUGCAUAUCAAGAGAUAGAGGUUAUGAAAACCUUUCGCCACCCAUGCUUGCUCAGACUCUACGAGGUCAUCCAGUCGACUGAGCUGGAUAAGCUUCUCAUGAUUAUGGACCUUGCUGAGGGACCUAUUUCAUCUGUGGCGCCUAACGCGUCUCACGUGAAUAGUAACGUAGUAGGAAUGCUACGAUGUAUUUACAACUCUACCGACCUUGACAACUUGCUAGAGUAUUCCUCUCUCUGCUGCACUCCAAUGUCUCUUUCAUUUCUCCGGAAGGCAAUCCUCCACAUCACUCUUGGUCUCUAUGCUCUCCACUCCAAGGAUUAUGUCCACGCAGACAUAAAGGCCGCAAACGUUCUCCGUCUGGCCAACGGUAACUUUGUGUUGGGAGACUUCUCUCUCACUAACCACGUUAGCGUAACACGUACCAUGUCUACGGUUGUUUCUGCAGCAUAUGCCUCUCCUGACAACCGCGGGUUGACUAAGGAGAAUGACGUUUGGGCUUUUGGGGUGACUCUAUUCAUGCUCCUCUUUGGCCGCCAUCCUGCAUCGCUUUGCCUGCAUAUCCUUGUCAGCAAGCUCCCGCCACCGGAGGAUGGUGGCAUAAUUAUUUCUCCUAAUCCACUAAAGCGGCUAAAUCAUUGGAGUGACGUAUUACGCGAGGCUCCCGACGCCCUCACCAACAUCCUGAAUGUCAACACGGCAUCCCCACAUGCAACCGUAAUACAGAUUAUUGUGGGGUGCUUGGAACUAGACUACAAAAAGCGUUUUACGGUUCCGAUGAUUUACGACCUAAUUAUAGGGGAUCAUAUCAAGAAUACGUGCUACCGUGUUACAAAUAAGUUCACAUUGCGGCUAAUGCUCAAUUUCUACAAGAUUCAAUCCAGUAUUAUCUUGGGCUCUGGACUCCCCCCUCACCUAACCGAUCCAUCCAUUACAUCUCGAUUUAAGGUAGACAUUUGGAGGAACGCCAUGCAGCGCCAUCAAUUCUACAAAGCAGGAGAGGAUCUUGAGCUAGAUCUGUCUCUUCCCCUGACACAAAUGAUUCUAAAGAAAAAUUACGUCACUUUCCUCACAGACAUGGUCUCAACUAUGGAUCCAUCUAACGAGCAUUCUGCGAGUUUCCUGAUAAGCCUUGCACUUAUGGGAACAGACGGGGAUCUUGACGUUUAUUUCUACUCUAAGUUUAUACGGUUGUUUCUCUGGGGUGUUUCCAGCAAGCGCACUAUGGAUACGUACUGGAGCGAUAUAGCCUAUCUCCUCUACAAUAAUAUGAACUACAAACGGUUGCACACCUCGAGGACCCUCAAGGAACUGAACUUCCCGUCUAUACAUUCCACAGACUCUGAAGAUUCUGAAGAGCAGCAUGUCAUGUUGCUAGGCAAACUGGAACAAGAGUUGGCCCCUGAAAUAUGUAAUCUGGAUAUGGGAUGCAGCCCCCUCUUUGAAUUUGAACAAAGAAAUCACUAUUUCGUAAAGGACAUGUUUUGGAACUUUCCGCUCAACGCGAGUUUUGCACGCACACGCAUACUUUUGAUGGAUCAAGGACUGCGGCCUCCCCAGUUGGUUUUCUAUGAGAUGUGCAUGCUUAAGCAUGAUCUUUCAAAGUCCCAUGGACUCGCUACCUCCCUCUACGCGUCUAAGAGUGAUAAAAAGGGAAACUCCAGUGACCCUCAGGCACGGUUCAGAUCUGCCUGUGCAUCAGUGGUGAAAAGACUAACAGCUAACGAUUCAUCAGCAACUUCGUUUCUGACGGGUGCCAAUUACGGCUCUAGUGCCUUGAACACGGAGGGUGGCAAAGACGCCGACGCCAUGCACUUUGUCGAAGAGGAUGCAUAUGGAAUGAAGGGCUAUGAUGGCGGAAAUUUGCUAUCGUCAACUUUAGGAGUUAUGAGCGGAACUGGAGAACCACAUUGUCAUGGCCCUGCUGCAUCUGCAAUUAAAGGCGUUCCCUCAACCCUGGGAGAUGGGGCCUCCAGUGCCUCUGCCCUCGCUGAGGAUCUCUUUGAAGAAGAGAUAGACCUCGCCAAGCUAUCUAGUCUUUUCUCUAAGCAGUAUAUUUCAGAGCAGGACAUAGCCGGCACGGGACUAUAUGUAGAUAACUUCUCCUUUGGCUCCGGGGAAAAGGCCAGCAAGAACAAGGUAUGUGUUGUGGCAGGAGGUAAAGCAGAUCCGAGUGCUACCGCUCCGUUCAUGAAGGACCUGUUCAAUCUCGACAGUAGAAAAGAUCAGAACAGCAUGCUCGGACUAGGAAGCUUUUCGCUUAGUACCUUACAGCAUAGAAAGGCGUCUCCGGCCAAAAAGAAGACUUUGCACGUGAAUUCCGCGGGCCAACGGAAAGAGGGGACUAGUCAAGCUGAUGCACAUACCCCCUCAGAUGCGACAGAUAAGAAACAACUUCUGAGCGAUAGUAGCUCUGAUGACGGUGACAUUGUGGCCGUCGCAGCAUCUGACUCUGACGACAUGGACCGAGCCUUUGGCCUGGAGGAGGAGGCCGCCAAAAAGUCAGGUACAUCUAAUGGUAGUGAUAUUAGCGAUGAUGAUUCUGAUAUUGAGUUUGUCGGGUCCAAUUCUGAUAAUAUGGACGCCGCGUUUGGCCUGAUUAGCAGCUCCGAUGAGUCGGAUGUCCAGGACAUUAUGGAUAUGACUGACUCUUCUAGUGAAGGUGAUGAUUAUAGUGAUGGGUACAGUAGCGACGGUGAUAUAGUUGCUAUAGGCUCCGAUUCAGAAGAGAUGGACGCGGCUUUUGGUCUAGAGAAAGAGCCAGUGAAGAGAGAGAGCAAACAGCUCUCUGCGCCGGUUUCCAAACCUCAACCGGAGGCACGCGGCUCCUUCGAUUCUCUUAUGGUUCCCGAAACCGUCUCAGGCGAAAAACGAAUGGAAAAGCCAAAGCCCAAAAUGACACUGAUAGCUCAGAGCUUUGAUGCAUUCGACGAGGCCCUAGAAGACAAGUACAUGGAGAGUCUUCCAGAUGAUGAAAAGCAACUAUACAGUGUUGGUGGGCCGUUGUCUUAUCCCCUGAUAGGAACAGGUACUGUACUACCACCAAACGAUGAUGAAGGUAUACAGGAGGUGCCCCUCAGGGCUCAAGGCGCUGAGAACACGUUCAGCUUCGGGAGCUUCGCGUCACUCCGAGACUCUGCGAUGCAGCUUUUCUCCAAGCGACCACUAUCAGAUCAGCAGGCACAGGAUGCACAUUCAGAUGCUAUUGAAACUAUUGGAGAGGACUCCACCCUUAUUCUAGAGCCGCUCGUCGGAGUUGAUCGCCAAAAGGGGGGAACUUUGCAUAAUUCGUUUACCUCUGAGGGGCGUGCUGGCAACCAUAUAGACUCUGUCUCACUCAAAGAUCCAACAUAUGAGCUCAAGGACAAGGACACAAGCCCGCUAACCUGUAUGUCUGUCGGCAAGCUAGAUAUGGGUUUGGACAUAGAUGAUGAAGAAUCAAACGUAUUUUCUCAGCCCUUUCAGAUGUUAUCACUGACUGUUGACAAAAGUGUGAAAAGACUUGAUGCCGUUUCAGUAAUGGACCCUUUGACCUCAGAAAUCCAUGACACUCAAGCAAGUAGCCAGGAAGCCUUUGCACUCGACAUUAAUCCGGAAGACAGUGAGAGCAUAGACCGAGGAAUCAACAUUGGAUUCGCACAAAAUCUUCCGGAGGACGCUGGUGCUUUGACAAACCAGGAUGACAACUUUGAUUGUCUGCACUUAUCCUUCCACAAUGACAAUAUAGAGUAUCCUCACUCAGACUCUCAUCUUUCAUCCAGGGAGCAUCAUGAUGAUAUAAUAGCCAAUGCAAAUAUUAGUAACAGCUCUGGAGAGUAUGAUCAGUCAUUGAGAGUUGGACAUGUUGCACACAUGGCAAUCAGCCAGGAUUCCGAUGAAAAGGUGAAUGCCUACCUCAAAGAUAGUGAGAUGCACAUUCCUGAGGAACACAUGGCUCUCCUUAUGACCAGGACUGUCAUUCUGUUGAUAUAUUCUACGUGGGCUGUGCUUCAGCGGUUUGGCCACAGGUAUUCCAAAAGCAUGUCACUAGCAGAUGCAUACUCCAAAUUUCAUAUCCUGGUCGAUCAAGUUCUCAGUGAAGGUACUCAUCUGUAUGGUAAGUGGAGAGAGUAUAAAGAUAAAGCGCAAGCAAGUAAGUCGACGAAUGAGGAAGUUGAUCCGCGUGUUAGGAUGCUUUUAAAGUACGGCACUGAUAAAGCCCAUCCCUAUGCCUUGACAAGAACUUUGGCCACCAACAUUUUGUCUGUUGGAAGAGCAUACAUUCAAGCUCUCUGUGAAGAGCUGGGCACGCCCACUUCUUUUGAUGAUGACUGGGUAUCAUGGCCACUGUUAGUCAACGACUGUACACAAUUGCAUGAGGUAGACCUCGAUAGCUUCUUGCGUUUCACACCAGAUAACUACAAGACGUACCUGCAAAACAAGCUAACGGGCUCUGUGCGCAACAGUUCAUUCUCCCAACUUACUGAUGCUUCCGCCUUUGAUCAGCAAAACUCUAGCUUCAGUGGCUCGAUGGAGUUCUUUGAUAACCCCAUGCUGCCCUUAGAGAACAACACCCUUGCGUAUGAUGUGCACUUUGGCAAGAGCAGCGUUAUGGCUACUCUCCCAAGCAUAAGUUUCAGUAAGAACCAGACAACAACUGGACUGCUAAGCAGAGGCCCUAGUGCUCUACCGCCAGGGCGAAACUCGGUGAGUGGAUCUAGAUCAGUGUCAACCAAUUUAUCAGUUCAUGACAAACUAGUUUGCUCACUUUUACAUCCCCAAGUUGUGACUGACCACAGUGUGAUUUUUCAAUCGCAUUCCAACAAUCUUAAUAACAACGAAUUAAUGAAAAGGAAAUGCGCUUCAUGCAGCGAUUUCUCACUCAUGGCUGACGCAGCUCAUUCUACUGAAGCCUUAUUACACGCGUCCUCUGUGCCGUUGACAAAACUAAAUGGUUUUCAAGACUUACUUGAUCCUCCAUCAGAUGAUCUUGCUUCAGAUUCUAACGUCAACGCUAUUGAGCCCCAUGUCUCUCAAGUUAAUCGAGUUUCCCUUGACGCUGAUGAGUCAUAUGCUAAGACUGCCGAGGGAAGCUUUAUUGAGCAGAACGUUCCUGCCACCAUUGAUUAUUGUACAACUACAUCUGCUGACUCUUCGCUACCCCACUCCUUGAGGAGUCGUAGCACCUUUUGCGGCUUAUCGUUAUGCACAGAAAGAUUAAGACUGAUCGAAAACUCUGCCAACUUCGAUGUACCGCUCACCUUUCAAUCACGGUCUGUAUCCCUGCGGCACAAGGCAAGAGCUCCUCAUAAGAUGUCUAGAUUGAGCUUGCACACCCAUCAAAGACAUCACUACGGUAUUAGGCCCAUCGUAGAGAUUGUAAAGACUCCUUCCAUUAUGGAUAGCUCUAUCAGUACCUCUCCUACAAAUGUCAGUCUUACAGAAGAGCAGAACGUGGGCAAAGAAAAGGGGGACGAUGGCCUCUUUGAACUCUCUGCCCAGAGCUCAUCGCUGGAAACAGAUAAUUUGAAGAUAGAGCUUAUUACAAAUGACGUUGUUGAUUUGAUUACUCCGUUAAAGGUAUCCUCUGGUCAAGUUCGCUCUUCUUCGCAAGAAAAGUGUACCCGUGAUAGCCCAUUGGAAAAUUCUGAUAGCAACAGGUUAGCAUUGCGGCCAGUAUCUCAGAAUCUUCACGCUUCUAACGCUCACUCCACCACUGACAACAUCCCUUUGCUAUCCCUCUCGGAUAAGCAACAGCGUUUGGAGAAUCUGAUCUCUCAUUCCAUACAUCCAUUCCUCGUAUCGAGCUGGAAGUUGACGAAGCAAAGACUCACACUAAAUGCAUCUGGUCUGAAUCCCAAUAAAGGCUGGGUUAUUCUGAGCAUUAUUGACGUAGCCCACUUCCUGCAGGGGAUCGCGAAGAUUAUAAACGUGAGAUCCACUACGUCGUCAUACGGAACUGAUGCGCCUCAGGUGCGGCUUUAUUGCAAUGAGAACAUUGUCUAUGAGCCUCGCUCGCUUCAGAAUACCGUCGCACACAGCAGGCUUCCAAAGACAAUAAAGGAGACAGUCAAGCUGCGGCAAAACGUCCACGAUCUAUGGGUUAAUAUUGGUCUAGAUGCAGCUGAGCGAUCUCCCCUUGUGGGUAUUCGCCACAGCACGAAAGAGCGACAAGGGUAUAUCAUCCGGCGAAGUACUCAACACCACGAUGAUGAGAUUAAUAAAUAUGAAGGAGAUCUGGAUGUGACGAGAGCCCAAGUUUGUUCUAGAAAGGCCAAUGGAAAGGUUGAGCUUAGGCUGAAGUCCCUCUUCGAUCUCUUAGAAAUUAAAAAUAAGGAUGUCUUUAAUGCUGACAACGCCCCAGCCACCAUGAAUGUGGGUGGCAAGGAGAUCUAUGGUAACGACUGCUCUGACUUUAAGCAAAGCGGCCACAGCUCAUCGGAUGACGGAUAUAACAUUCCUUCAGGGUAUAAGAUCUUGAACACCUGCAUGCCCGCAAUGGGGGACAUGGGUAAGCCUGUGUCAAUAUACCGUUUUUCUCGCAACGCUCCCACAGGCGAUUACUUCACUUUUCUGUAUGCCAAUUCUGUUGAAGGCAAUAGAGCCGACUUCAAAGAUAGUUUGGUCCCAGGAGACCAAAACUAUCUUGCCAAUUGGUUAAUUGAGACGGACAAGAUAGAGCGGCCACAGGCCCAGAUGGAUGAGGUCAUUGUACAGACCCAGGACUCUGUCAAGAUAAAGCCACUUCAGAUUGAUAGUGACGCAAAGGUUAUGCCUAGCAUACUUUCUACGGCGGCAAUCUCCAUCAACUCGCAAGCAAACUUGAAACGAGUGGGGUCCAGCAACAUAUCUCAUUCUGUGCUUCGCAGAAAGUCUGUCUCUGCGGCUAACAUGUUUGCACUAUAUCCUCGGUCAGCCAUUGGGCACAUGUCAGAACCUUCUCCACAGGCUCCAGUGGAGCAACCAUUCGAGAAUGUGUCUACUCCCUCUGUAAAACUUGAUGAUUAUCAAAUUGCGGCUGUCAAUGAGGAGAAUAGCAUCGAAGGACUAAGUACUUUCCAAAUAGAGCCUGUAACUAGCAACAUGGAUAUGUCGUCAGAGCAGCAGACUGGGACUAACGACUUGAACGGCUAUGACUUUCAGCUUGCCAGCUCAGAGAUGGACAGUAAGGCGUUGACAGAUGUUCAUUGUUUCACCAUCAGUACUCUUGUAAGUCAACCGUCGCUACCUGCACCACUCAUUACUGAACAGGAUAACAACAGCGAACCGGAGCAUCCCAACGAUGCAGAGAAAAGGCCUCUAGCAAUGAAGAGCUGCACCACAGGCACCAGACCCUUGUUUCCGACAAUUACACGUCAAGACUAUGAAGCAAUGGAAAAUGCACAGAGGCAGGCCUGUACAGAGGGCUUUGCUGAUACAGGUGGCAAUAGCACUCUUCAGGCUCUCUGUAUAGAUACGGGUGUCUACGUCAAUCGAAUGAGCUUUGAAGAACAUGUGUUCAUGCCGCACAUCUUCCUCGAGAUUCUCCUCGAUCUGGUUGUCAAUGCAAGGCAAUACUCUAAGCCCUCAAUUGUCCGUGCUGCCCUAUUUAACUGCCAAGAGUCGCUGUACCUUGUGGUCAAUGAUUGUGGAAUAGGUCUUCCCAAGCAGUGCUGGCAGCAUGCUUUCUUCCACCAGCAGGAGCUGGCAGAUAUCUCACAGUGCCUUGGGUCGGGUCUUGCCCGUGCCAUCCUCAUUACUCGUGCCUACGGCGGUAUUAUUAACGUAAGCUCGUGCAAGAACGGCGGAACUCGCCUCAUACUCAAGAUACCUCUUCCCAAGGAGUCAACAUUUAUCGACGCUUGA